GCUGUAAGUUAGCUUGCAGAUAUAUGGCCUGCAAGUUAACACGUUUUACGUGACCAACGAUUUCCAUAUUAUUCUGCGUUGCGAAGAUAUUAGCCGGUUUCCGUACCUGACUCCUGUAGGUUCGAUCUUUCGCUAUUAGGCGGUACAAUGGCAGCAACUCGUUGGAAAAGCACGCUAUAUCCUUCAGAGAAAUUCGUCGAGGCUUGCGGGGCCGUUGUGUUUAACACAACCGAGCCGGAACAAGUCCUUUUACUAUACUAUUCCGCCUUGGACGAAUGGCUGCUACCAAAGGGGAGGCGCAACUGCAACGAAUCUCGGAAAGACGCAGUAAUACGAGAGGUUCUUGAAGAAUCAGGCUGUGCGAUUCGGCUACGCCCUGUAACGAUGGAAACCCGAGCUCCCUCCGACUUUGAAGCGGCUGACGCUAAGGAUAUCCCGCGCACCUACGACAGCCUCACCGAAGCUUUUAUGUUAGAUGUCCGCGAUCUGGGAAAAGGUAACGGCGUCAAGUUAGUCUGGUGGUUUAUUGCGGAACUGGACAGCAUCGUGGGAGGAGGAGAGGCACAAUUCGAACCCAAAUUCUUUCGGAGCGACGAAGCUGUUGAGGUCUUGACGUUUCAAAAAGAUCGCGACGUGCUAGUGAAGGCUUUGGAACUCGUAGGACGCGCCGGAAACAAGACGACUAAGUCGGGAUAGCAUCCUAUGAAGUCGGUCGAAUAAGGGCCAGAAAAAUCCCGAGUUUCGCAAUUCGACACGACCCUAGAGAGUCUGCCAACUACCUGUUUGAAUGGCGCAUAUAGCGAUCCUUAUAUCGUCGCCUGUGUCGAAUACUUAUUCUAGAGAAUUCCCUCCGCAGUUACUUAGAAUGUUACCUGGGAUUGGAAGGACCUAGGUAGAUUUGAAUUAACGCGGCAAGAUAUCCCAUUGGAAGAAGAAAAGAAACUAAUCGCCCCACGACG